GUGUGAGAGGCUGAACUGCUACACGGGUGACGAGAAGAUCGAGAGGGCCAUCGACAAGCUCAAGAUCCGUCAGCACAAAAUGUGCCACGCAGUGGACGAGAUGCUGAAGCAAGAAGAGGCGACCAACGGCGAACCACCAGCUUUCGAAGAAAACUCCUUACGCCAGAAUGCCGGCGCUUUGGAUCCUUACAUGGUUGAACAAGAAGGUCGAGAAGUGCCUGCUGCGAGUGGGCCAGAAGCCACAGAGCAUGGCUUCGGUCACCUGGCCAUGGCAGCGUUUCUGGAGGCUCCGAAGGGGCCCAGGCGUUGUCGUCGCGACUUUGUGGACUUCCUUGUCGCCUGA